AUGGAUGAGGAAUACGACGCAAUCGUUCUCGGAACAGGUCUUAAGGAAUGCAUCAUUUCGGGGAUGUUGUCCGUGUCGGGCAAGAAGGUUCUUCAUAUUGACAGAAACAACUACUAUGGAGGAGAGUCGGCAUCGUUGACUCCGUUGGAGCAACUUUACGAGAAGUUUAUGGGUCCAAAUGCCAAGCCCCCUCCAGAGAUGGGACGUGGCCGUGACUGGAAUGUGGAUCUUAUUCCAAAGUUUUUGAUGGCUAAUGGCUCCUUGGUCAAACUUCUCAUUCAUACUGGU